AUGGCUCUGCUGCCAAGAUUACAGCUGGAGGAACUCGGCAGCAGUCCCUGCAGCAUUCCUAAACACGGGAGCCUGCUGAAGCCUUCCCUUCACUGGUUUUCUUUUCACCAGGAUGAAAUUCUGCUGACUCCCUGCAGGGAAUCUCCUGUUGAGGAGACAGACCCCUUUUCUUCCCCGAAUGAAGAGAAGUGGGACUUUGUUCUGGUGAGUGACAUCCACGAAAUGGGCAGUGAGAAGGAGAUCAAGAGGAAGAAGUUCCUGGAUGAGCUGAACAAGAAGGGCUUCACCAUCAAGAAAAUUGAGGACACGAAGCUCUUUUAUGGAGUCCGUGCCCCACAGCACAUCUUCUGGAAAUACCAGUGUUUCCUGACGAGCACCAACAGCAGGCAGCAAAACUCCAGUGCCAGCCAGGACAUCCCAGUGACCACCAGGAUACGGGUUGUUCACUUCAUCCUGCAAAACACUGUGACGUCCGACUUAGAGAAGCUGCAUGACCUGAUGAAGAAGAAGGUGUUUGAGACAGCCUUUCCGCUGCACAAGAACGAAGAGAUAAGGCAAAUACUAAAGAAGAAGUGGGCUCGUUGGAGAGUUAUAUUUAAGAAACAGCCAAUUGAGGAGAUCAGGUGCUAUUUUGGAGAGAAGGUGGCCUUGUACUUCGCCUGGCUAGGCUGGUACACGUAUCUGCUGAUUUUCGCUGCCCUGGCUGGACUGGCAACCGUCGCAGCUGGGGCUACUGUUUUCAGUUCAAGCCAGGUGAGCAAGGAGAUCUGUGACGCCAACAGCACCAUCAUGUGCCCACUCUGUGACCAGAAUUGCUCAUUCUGGGUCCUCUCUGACACCUGCACCUACGCCAAGGUCACUCACAUGAUUGAUAAUGAGGCCACAGUGGUGUUUGCCAUGUUCAUGGCCAUCUGGGCCACUGUAUUCCUGGAGCUGUGGAAGAGGGAGAGAGCCACUGUGGCCACCAACUGGGACCUGUACGGGUGGGAUGAAGAAGAGGAGGAGCUGGCUCUGCAACUGAUCAAUAAUUCACAGCACGAACCACAGCUGUACCAGCACUCCUACUUCCGCAGCACCAUCGUCCUCAUCUUGGCUCUGCUGAUGAUCAUGGUGCUCAUCGGCAUCGCCCACGCGCUCGUCAUCUACCGGGCGGUGGCCAUGGCCCUGUUCAUGCAGAGCGAAGUGAGCCUGCUGAGCAAGCACGCCGACACCAUCGCCGUGAUGACGGGGGCCGUGCUGCACUACCUCACCAUCGUCAUCAUGACCAAGGUCAACUGGCACGUGGCCCUCUUCCUCUGCAGCCUGGAGAAACCACGGACCUUCUCCCAGCGGGAGAACAACUUCACCGUGAAGAUCUUCAUCUUCCAAUUCUUCACAAACUUCUCCUCACUCAUCUACAUUGCCUUCUUCCUGGGACGGAUCAACGGCCACCCAGGGCACUACGUGCGCAUUGCUGGCCACUGGAGGCUGGAGGAGUGCCACCCCAGUGGCUGCAUCACUGACCUCUUCAUCCAGAUGGCUGUCAUCAUGGUGCUCAAGCAGACCAUCAGCAACAUCAUGGAGUAUCUCAUCCCCUGGAUAUCCCACCAGCUACGGAAGAAGAAAAAGUCUCCCAAGAAGAGAAGUAUGAUGUUAGGAGAGGAGGAGGAGGCAGAGGACCCCUGCAAAAGGCAGUGGCUGAAUAACUAUGAACUCAACGAGGUCAAUGUCUUCAGCUUGUUCAACGAGUACUUGGAGAUAGUGAUCCAGUACAGCUUCACCACCAUCUUCGUGGCAGCCUUUCCCCUGGCCCCGCUGCUGGCCCUCAUCAACAACGUCAUCGAGAUCCACAUGGAUGCCAUCAAGAUGAUGCGGCUGCGCCGGCGCAUGGUGCCCAGGAAGGCCAAGGACAUUGGGAUCUGGCUGCAGGUCCUAGAGGCCAUCGGCACCCUGGCUGUCAUCGGGAAUGGGCUGGUGAUCGCCAUCACCUCCGACUUCAUCCCUGUGCAGGUCUACAAGUACAUGUACAGCCCCUGUGUGAGGGAGAACCAUACCAGCAUGGACUGCUCCACUGGGUACAUCAACAACAGCCUCUCUGUAUUCCACAUCCGGGACUUCGAGCCCCACACCAAGGUGCUGCCAGAAUUUAAUGGGGUCAAGAUCAAGAAUUGCAGGUACCGGGAUUACCGGAAUGCUGACGACUACACCUACACUGUCCAGUUCUGGCACAUCUUCGCAGCCCGGCUCGCCUUCCUCAUCCUCUUCGAGCACGUGGCUCUGUGCGUGAAGCUGAUCGCAGCCUGGUAUAUCCCUGAUGUCCCCCAGAAGGUCAAGAAUGUAAUUCUGAAACAAAAACACAGCAAUCUCCAAAAUGAACUGAGCAUGACAGAAUACUCCACCGAGGUGUAA